GCCGGGAUGGAGCAGAAGCAAGGCGAAUCUGACGCGGACUAUGAGACACGGAUGAUGGCUAUGAUGGCCGAAAGCAAGCAGCGGGCAGAAGCAGCAUUAGCUGCACGAAAGAAGGAGGCAGAGGCAGAGAGGCUGCGUCUUCUGGCAGAAGAACAACGGCAGAAGCAUGCAGCAGCAGCAGCUAAGGCCGCAGAUCAAGAACGUGUACGGCGGCGAGAGAUUCUAUUCAAGGAGGAAAGUGCGGUACACACGCAGGCCAAGGAUUGGCAGAAGGAGGUCGAGAAUGGGGAAUCCACUGACUAUGGGAACAAGCGAUCUCAACUGCUCAACCGCCUCUUGGACCUUCUCGCUACGUGCAUUGCACAGCAGGAGGACAUUCACUCUCUUGAUCACACCAACCAAGCGCUACAGCAGUCAGUGGAUCGGCUGACCAAGCGCAUACAUCAGCUGGAGCAGCGACCCGUCGCCUCCUCCAGCGUCGGCCCCUCCGACCUCGCCGAUCGUGUAAACGUCUUGGAGAUAGAUGUGGGAACACUCAAGACCGGGGCACAGUGGCUGCAGCAGCAGGUUUGUGCAGCAACAACCGGCCCUAGCACGUCGUCACGCGAGAGCAUUACCAAAUUUGAUGGCCUCCCGAUCUUCUGUGACGCAUCGAAGACGGACCCUAUACAGUGGUGGCACCAGUUCGAACUCAAGCUGGGCAUCCACAAGGUCGGCGACAACAAUCGACACGCAUACUUGUACUCACGGUCAGGAGGCGUGUGUCAAGCAUGGCUGGACAACAUGUUGUCCGCACACGCAUGCACAGUCUUCGAGUUGCAUAACUUCAUUACCUGGACCAAUCUCACAGCGACAUGGCAGAAGCGUUUCCAAGUGGAACCGCCCGAGCAUCAGGCGAUGGACAAGCUGUCGACAUUCUCUCAGAACAGCAUGCCAAGCGGAGAAUGUAUAUCCGAGUUCCAACGUUUGGCGAGCACGCUGAAACUGCCGAUGACCUUCGACAACAUCAAGCUCUACUUCAUCAAGAGGUCGUGCCCGACAUUGCAAAAUGUGUUGACUCAAGUCGUCGAGAACCUCAACACAAGUGAGGAACUCUUCAACAAUGUCGUGCAGAUCAUUUUGACGAACAUGGAAGCCAAGAAUAUUGGUCGUUCGUCAACUGCCGGCCAGGGCGCGUAUCAACAUCAGACGAAAGUGGUCGUGGUCGCGGCGACAAUGCUGAGCGAUCCCUCAACUUCAAACGAGGCUGCCUCUUCUGACGAGGGAGACAGAUUAACAGCUGUCCGGAAUGGUGGCCACCCCGUCAAAGGACGAGGUAGCGGAAAAAUGACGACAAACACCACUUCUUCCGGGCCCGAACAAGCAGCUCCAGCUCAAGAACCUUGGACACAUUAUGGUCUUACGGAGCGUGGGUAUCAUGUCCGCACCAAGUACCGCUAUUGUUUGUGGUGCAACAGCUCAGCGCAUGAUACCGCGAGCUGCACAACCAAGGGCACUUCCCAGUCGGGAAAGUGAGCACCGCCGAGAGUGAUGCGACGACACUCU